ACUGAGAAGAUUGUCCUUGUAAACUGAAUAGCCCUCGCAAUGUGAUUAACUAAAUCUGAGCCUCAGCUUAUUCCUCUAUUGGAGUGGAGAAUGAUGCCUACCUCAUAGGACUGCCGAGAGGAUGCUUGAGAGGCUAAACAGUGCACCUAGCACAGAGGAGGUGCUUGGAGUCUGGAAUGAGUGCAAAAUUCUGCCCCCAACAGGGAUCAGUUACUGUCACCAGAACCCUGGCUUGCAACACCACCAGUUCAGGCCCAGUAAGUCAGACAAAGCCUCUGAUGCUUCAGCAUCCUGAAACAAAAGGCAGAAGGGGCUUGUCCCACUCUCCCUGCUGUGAGUGGCAUCUAGAGGGACUCAGGGGACAGAGAUGGCAGGCAACGAAAUCCCAGAUCAGAGUGAACACUCAGCUGGACCAGACCCAGCAAUUUGCAUCUCUUAGUUUGUGUAAUCUUUUACAAACCCUGCAGAACAGCAGUGGAAACAAGCUGCCACUCCCAUUUUUCCAGCUGUAAAACUGCAACUCAAGAGAAGUGAAGACACUGGGCCAGAAUCCCCAGAUGUUGGGACCCACAUCUGUUUGCCGCUAAAGCUGGACUCAACCUCUGAGCUGUCUCCUCCAAACUCUUUCCAAAGGUCAAGCCAUGACUACAGUAGCGGUACAUGUGGACUCCAAAGCUGAGCUCACUACCCUGCUGGAGCAGUGGGAAAAGGAACAUGGCAGUGGCCAGGACAUGGUCCCUAUCCUUACCAGGAUGUCUGAAUUGAUAGAAAAAGAAACUGAAGAAUAUCGUAAAGGAGAUCCAGACCCAUUUGAUGAUCGACAUCCUGGUCGAGCUGAUCCAGAAUGUAUGCUGGGCCACUUGCUGAGAAUACUCUUCAAGAAUGAUGAUUUCAUGAAUGCACUGGUGAAUGCAUAUGUGAUGACAAGCCGAGAACCCCCUUUGAACACUGCGGCUUGCAGACUCCUGCUGGACAUCAUGCCAGGGUUAGAAACUGCUGUUGUCUUUCAAGAAAAGGAAGGUAUUGUUGAGAAUCUUUUCAAAUGGGCCCGAGAGGCUGAUCAGCCAUUGAGGACUUAUUCUACUGGACUGUUAGGAGGUGCUAUGGAAAAUCAAGACAUUGCUGCCAACUACAGAGAUGAAAAUUCACAAUUGGUGGCUAUAGUGCUUCGAAGACUGAGGGAGCUACAGCUUCAGGAAGUAGCCUUGCGGCAAGAAAACAAACGUCCCAGCCCACGGAAGCUCUCUUCUGAACCCCUUUUGCCUUUGGAUGAGGAAGCUGUGGAUAUGGAUUAUGGCGACAUAGCAGGAGAUGUAGUGGAUGGAGAGCAAGAAGAAGCUUCUGGAGAUGUGGAGAUCUCUUUUCAUCUUGAUUCAAGCCACAAGACCAGUAGUAGAGUAAACUCGGCAACCAAACCGGAGGAAGGAGUCUUGAAGAAAAACAAGUCAGCAAAACAGGGUGACAGAGAGAACUUUAGGAAAGCCAAGCAGAAGUUGGGGUUCUCGUCUUCUGAUCCAGAUCGCAUAUUUGUUGAGCUUUCUAACAGCAGCUGGUCAGAAAUGUCCCCGUGGGUGAUUGGCACCAAUUAUACCCUUUAUCCUAUGACUCCUGCUAUUGAGCAGAGACUCAUUCUUCAAUAUUUAACUCCUCUAGGAGAAUAUCAGGAGCUACUUCCCAUAUUCAUGCAGCUUGGAUCACGAGAGUUGAUGAUGUUCUAUAUUGAUCUGAAGCAGACUAAUGAUGUCUUGCUUACGUUUGAGGCCCUCAAGCACUUAGCUUCUCUCCUGCUGCAUAACAAAUUUGCCACAGAAUUUGUUGCUCAUGGUGGAGUACAGAAAUUGCUGGAAAUUCCUCGUCCUUCAAUGGCUGCAACUGGUGUAUCUAUGUGCUUGUAUUACUUGUCUUACAACCAAGAUGCCAUGGAAAGAGUUUGCAUGCAUCCACACAACGUUCUGUCUGAUGUGGUGAACUAUACUCUGUGGUUAAUGGAAUGUUCUCAUGCCUCAGGAUGCUGCCAUGCUACCAUGUUUUUCUCAAUUUGUUUCUCAUUUCGGGCUGUCUUGGAGCUCUUUGACCGCUACGAUGGUCUUCGUCGUCUGGUGAAUUUGAUUAGUACUUUGGAGAUUCUAAAUUUGGAAGAUCAAGGUGCCCUUCUGAGUGAUGAUGAAAUAUUUGCUAGCCGGCAAACUGGGAAACAUACUUGCAUGGCCUUGCGCAAGUACUUUGAAGCUCACCUGGCCAUUAAAUUGGAACAAGUAAAGCAGUCGCUUCAGAGGACCGAGGGUGGCAUUCUUGUUCAUCCUCAACCCCCAUACAAGGCAUGUUCAUAUACCCAUGAACAGAUUGUGGAGAUGAUGGAGUUUUUGAUAGAGUAUGGCCCAGCACAGCUGUACUGGGAACCAGCUGAAGUCUUCCUCAAGCUGUCUUGUGUGCAACUCUUAUUGCAGCUCAUUUCAAUUGCCUGCAACUGGAAGACAUAUUAUGCAAGGAAUGAUACUGUGCGCUUUGCCUUGGAUGUCCUGGCUAUUCUCACCGUGGUGCCAAAAAUCCAGCUGCAGCUGGCAGAAUCUGUGGAUGUGCUAGAUGAGGCUGGCUCUACUGUCUCCACUGUGGGUAUCAGCAUUAUUUUGGGAGUGGCUGAGGGUGAGUUCUUUAUCCAUGAUGCUGAAAUUCAGAAGUCAGCACUUCAAAUUAUCAUCAAUUGUGUGUGUGGCCCAGAUAACCGCAUAUCCAGUAUUGGCAAAUUUAUCUCUGGAACUCCUCGGAGGAAGCUGCCUCAGACCCCCAAAAGCAGUGAGCACACCCUGGCGAAGAUGUGGAAUGUGGUCCAGUCCAACAAUGGCAUCAAGGUUCUCCUGUCCUUACUCUCUAUUAAGAUGCCCAUCACUGAUGCAGACCAGAUCCGUGCCCUGGCCUGCAAGGCUCUGGUGGGCCUCUCUCGCAGCAGUACUGUCCGGCAGAUCAUCAGCAAACUGCCCCUUUUCAGCAGCUGCCAGAUCCAGCAGCUGAUGAAGGAGCCUGUGCUGCAGGACAAGCGCAGUGACCAUGUCAAGUUCUGCAAGUAUGCCGCUGAGCUCAUUGAACGGGUGUCAGGAAAGCCACUUCUCAUUGGCACAGAUGUGUCUCUAGCACGCCUGCAGAAAGCGGAUGUUGUCGCACAGUCAAGGAUCUCCUUUCCUGAGAAAGAGUUACUUCUGUUGAUAAGAAACCAUCUCAUUUCUAAAGGGCUAGGAGAAACAGCAACGGUGCUGACAAAGGAGGCCGACUUGCCCAUGACUGCUGCCUCCCAUUCUUCUGCCUUUACCCCAGUAACUGCUGCUGCUGCUUCACCUGUCUCUCUUCCCCGAACCCCUCGAAUUGCUAAUGGCAUUGCGACUCGACUAGGCAGCCAUGCUGUCGUGGGUGCCUCUGCCCCCUCUGCCCCCACUGUCCAUCCUCAACCACGGCCGCCUCAGGGUUCACUAGCUUUGCCUGGACCAUCUUAUGCAGGCAAUUCCCCUUUGAUUGGUAGGAUCAGUUUUAUCAGAGAGAGGCCGUCACCUUGCAAUGGCAGGAAAAUCAGAGUGUUGCGGCAAAAGUCGGACCAUGGCGCCUACAGCCAAAGCCCAGCCAUAAAAAAACAGUUGGACAGACAUCUUCCUUCCCCACCUACACUGGACAGUAUCAUCACAGAAUAUCUUAGGGAGCAACAUGCUCGCUGCAAGAACCCAGUAGCCACCUGCCCACCUUUCUCUCUCUUUACUCCUCACCAGUGUCCUGAGCCAAAACAGAGGCGGCAAGCGCCAAUAAAUUUUACCUCAAGGCUAAACCGUAGGGCAUCAUUUCCAAAGUAUGGAGGGGUAGAUGGUGGAUGCUUUGAUAGACACCUUAUCUUUAGCAGAUUCCGUCCUAUUUCAGUGUUCCGGGAAGCCAAUGAAGAUGAGAGUGGCUUCACCUGCUGUGCGUUCUCAGCACGGGAGCGAUUCCUAAUGCUUGGCACUUGCACAGGGCAGCUGAAGCUGUAUAAUGUAUUCAGUGGACAGGAGGAGGCCAGUUACAACUGUCACAACUCGGCCAUCACACACCUUGAACCUUCCAGGGACGGGUCCUUGCUGCUGACAUCUGCUACUUGGAGCCAGCCUUUGUCUGCACUUUGGGGAAUGAAAUCAGUGUUUGAUAUGAAGCAUUCCUUCACAGAAGACCACUAUGUUGAAUUCAGUAAGCAUUCUCAGGAUCGGGUCAUAGGCACGAAGGGGGACAUUGCCCAUAUUUAUGAUAUUCAGACUGGCAACAAGCUGUUGACUCUGUUUAACCCAGAUCUUGCUAACAACUACAAGAGGAACUGUGCCACCUUUAAUCCUACAGAUGAUCUUGUCUUAAAUGAUGGCGUCCUCUGGGAUGUCCGCUCCGCACAGGCCAUCCACAAGUUCGAUAAAUUCAACAUGAACAUCAGUGGCGUUUUCCAUCCGAAUGGGCUGGAAGUCAUCAUUAAUACUGAGAUUUGGGACCUUCGAACUUUCCAUCUUUUACACACUGUUCCUGCUUUGGAUCAGUGUCGUGUGGUGUUCAACCAUACAGGGACAGUGAUGUAUGGAGCUAUGUUGCAGGCAGACGAUGAAGAUGACUUAAUGGAAGAAAGGAUGAAGAGCCCCUUUGGGUCAUCAUUCAGAACAUUUAAUGCAACUGACUACAAACCUAUAGCGACCAUUGAUGUGAAACGAAACAUCUUUGAUUUGUGUACAGACACCAAGGAUUGCUAUCUUGCCGUCAUUGAGAAUCAAGGCAGCAUGGAUGCCCUGAACAUGGACACCGUGUGCAGGCUGUAUGAAGUUGGCAGGCAACGGCUGGCUGAGGAUGAAGAUGAAGAAGAGGACCAGGAGGAGGAAGAACAGGAGGAAGAAGAUGAUGAUGAAGAUGAUGACGACACUGAUGAUCUGGAUGAGCUUGACACAGAUCAGCUGCUGGAGGCAGAGCUGGAGGAAGAUGACAACAACGAGAAUGCAGGCGAGGAUGGAGACAAUGACUUCUCUCCCUCUGAUGAGGAGCUGGCAAACCUCCUGGAGGAGGGAGAAGAUGGCGAGGAUGAAGACUCGGAUGCAGACGAAGAAGUGGAACUGAUCCUGGGGGACACUGACAGCUCUGACAACUCUGAUCUGGAAGAUGACAUCAUCUUAUCUCUGAACGAGUGAGGAACAAGCUCCACUUGGAAGAUGUUGGCAGGCGAGAGACUGAGUUAAAUGAAUUCAGAAUACGUUCCCUUCCCCUUCUCACGGGGCUGUCUCUGAAGGAACUGUAGGCCCUGCCUUCCAGGGGCCAUGGGUCAGAGGCUACCUGGAAUCUGUGGGGCCUUCCAGAAACAACCAUGAGAGAGAGCAGAGAUUAGGCCCUACUCUGUCUGCUUCCCUGCUGUCCUAGGAUGGACAGCUUUCCUCAAGGGAAAAAAAAAACAACAACAAAACAUGUCUCUGGGGUAUUUCACAAUAUAUUUUCUUUGUAUAACGUUCUUUAAAGAACAAAAAAAUAGUUUUUUACAAAACUUAAAAAUGAAAAAAAAACCCAACAAGCAUUUAUAACCGAGGGUAUGAACUUACAUCCAGCAGGUCUCUUAUCCCUGGCACUUCAUUUCUUUGGAAGAAAAUGAUGUCUAAAGAAUAAUCUAGAGGCAUUUUUACAUACAUAUUUAAAUGAAAAGGAAAAUCGUGGUUUCUUAAAUUGAUAAGGAUUAAGAAUAUUUUAUUAUAAAUAUAAUAUAUGAUUUUUAAACCUGUUUUGUUGCCUCAUGCAGUCAUAUUAAUUUGUUUUCCUUUGUGCCAGAGCGGGGGAGGUCGACACUGCUUGUCGGCCGAGUCGGGGCCGCACUGCCCGUGCCAUGGGGGCAGCACUGACAAUUGGAUGUUAGUUUUGUGGAUUUGAAGUAACUUAGGAUAUAAGUUCACUCCCUCUAUAUUUUUUCUUUGUGAUUCAGUUUUUCAAGAAUCUUGUUUUCUUCCCUUUCUCCCCAAUGUGGAAAUUACAAAUCAAAGGCCUUUUUCUUUAAUGUAAAGUGUAUUUAUUUAAAAAAAAUACAAAA